CUUGCACGUAUAAUUUAUAGUCACUAAAGAUAUGAGGUAACUAUAUAACUUACUGAAUAUGUCUUUUGUAUUUACUUAUUUUUUUGGGUCACUUUUACAAAUCCAUUAAAUUCGCCAUGAUUAGUUCAAAAUGGAAUAUUGUAGUGUUGGUUUGUGUAUUAGUGCUCAAAUGCAAUAUCGCUAGUGCAGGUAAAAAUCUGCGAAUAAUAGGAGGGACAAAGGCAAAAAUAGAGGAUCACCCAUGGAUGGUAUCUUUCUCGAAUGGUACUGGGUAUCAUUGGUGCGGAGGAUCUCUUAUAAAUGACAACACUGUUGUCACCGCUGCACAUUGUUUUGAGGACGACUAUCUAAAAUAUGCCGUAGUUGGGGUUGCUGAUUUGAGACAUGAAAAAACUUUCAUACCGUUGAAGAAGUCUAAACUGCAUGAGAAAUACGACUACCUAAAAACUGGUUACGAUAAUGAUAUAGCAAUUGUUAAGCUGACAGAGAAAGUUGUAUUUUCGUCUAAGAUUCAACCCAUACGUCUACCAAAACACGAUAUUCACAUACCAAAUGAAACACCCGUUAUUACUGCAGGUUGGGGUACUACAGUUCCAGGGGUUGAGAUGGCAUCAGAUGUUUUAAUGGACGUCAACAUCAACAUAAUUGACUGGCAAAUAUGUAAAGAACGUUUGCUCGUUACAGAGCGGAUGAUCUGCGCAGGAGAUCUAAAUGGUGGACGAGAUUCAUGCCAGGGUGAUUCGGGGGGACCACUGGAACUCAACGGCACAUUAGUCGGCAUCGUAUCAUUUGGAGGUUUGUGUGGAGAACCAAAUUCACCUGCAGCUUAUACCAAAGUAUCAGAUUUUCUAUCAUGGAUACACAAAAACAUUGACAUUUAAUGUCGGUCAAGACAAAUUUUUCCCCUAUUAAUUAAUCGCAGAAAAAAU